GAUGCAUGGGGGCACCACGUGCGGCAUUGUGGUGGUGGAGGCGGAGGAGGAGGAGGCGGAGGAGGGGACGAGGAGGCGGAGGCGGAGGCGGGGGCGGAGGAGGUGGUGCGGACGACGAGGGCCCAGGCGCGGCGCCGCAGCGACGGUGAGGGUGGAGGACGCCGGCGAGGGGAGGGGGCUGCCGCCGCCGUCGCCGGCGACGGGGCCUAACGCCGGCGGCGGCCGGUCGCGCGGGCCGCGGCGGCAGGGCGAGACCAUCGCCAAGGGCCACAAGAACUAUGAGCUCAUGCUCAACCUCCAGCUUGGCAUCAGACAUGCAGUAGGAAAGCAAGGCCCGAUUACGCUUGAUUUGAAGUCAUCAGCUUUUGACCCAAAGGAGAAAGUAUGGACAAGAUUCCCUCCAGAAGGUUCAAAAUACACCCCUCCUCACAGUUCUUGCGAUUUCAAAUGGAAGGAUUACUGCCCGCAAGUGUUUCGGACACUGCGCAAGUUAUUCAAGGUUGAUGCGGCAGAUUAUAUGUUAUCCCUUUGCGGUGACCAGGCUCUCCGGGAGCUCUCGUCCCCUGGUAAGAGUGGAAGCUUCUUUUAUCUCACCAGCAAUGAUCAAUACAUGAUAAAGACUAUGAAGAAAUCAGAAGUAAAGAUAUUUCUCAAGAUGCUUCGAGCUUACUACAAUCAUGUGCGGUCAUUUGAGAACACUCUAGUUACCAAGUUUUUCGGCCUUCAUUGUGUAAAGUUAGCUGGGGCUAACCAAAAGAAGGUUCGUUUUGUCAUCAUGGGAAACUUGUUCUGUUCUGAUUACUCUAUUCAUAGACGAUUUGAUCUGAAAGGCUCGUCGCUUGGACGUACAACAGACAAGCCACAAACAGAAAUUGAUGAGUACACUACCUUGAAAGACCUUGAUCUUAACUUUAUAUUUCGAUUACAAAAGCACUGGCACCAAGAGUUCCUAAGACAAGUCGACAAGGAUUGCGACUUUCUUGAGCAGGAAAAUAUCAUGGAUUAUAGUCUAUUGGUGGGUGUACAUUUCAGAGAUAAAAGAAAUAUACUAGCAAGUGAAGGUUCUUUUGAUAGUGAUAGUAGCAGAGCAUCAUCGCCUCACCUGUCUAGAGGAGAUACCGAUCCAAACAGGUUUACAAAGAUAAAACUUGGGUCCAAUAUGCCUACAAGAGCUGAGCUAACAGUACGAAAGAGUGACUGUAACGAAAUCCAGAUUAUCGGAGAGCCUACAGGGGAGUUCUAUGAUGUUGUAUUAUAUUUUGGGAUUAUAGACAUCCUUCAAGACUAUGAUAUCAGCAAAAAGCUUGAGCAUGCAUACAAAUCUUUUCAGUAUGACCCAACAUCUAUUUCAGCAGUAGAUCCAAAACAGUAUUCCAGACGCUUUAAAGAUUUUGUAUACAAAGCGUUCCAAGAAGACAAGGUGGACAUCUGAAAACACAUUGAGAGUUUGAGACUCCAGAACUACCACGGCUACCGACAUAGAUGCUGGUCAUAUUGCAGAGGUUUGAUGCCUCCUCUACUUGUAUAUGAUCAAGCAGAAGCCAUCAGGGUUAUCAAAACCCUGCCUGCAGGCUGCAAGGAAUUCAGAUGGCUCCCAUGUAGAAAUAAGGCUCUGAUUGGGACAACGGUGCCUUUCAAUAAUCAGGUUGAACAGUCUUUUCCUUCCCCUCUGAAAAAUAGAGACAGCUUCCUAUCUACAUCUACUUUGUUACAUCGGCCAGUCUAGCAUAGCACAUCAAUCCCAAGCUAUGCCUAGAUAGCUAUAUACAUGCAUAUAGAAUCCACUAAUGUUAGUGUAGAUGCUGACGAAGAUUCAUUCUUUUUUGGUGCAUUUUUUUUUUUGGCACACUUAAGACUCAACUUACAAAAAGAAGUUUGUACUCUGUAGUGACAAGUUCAGAGAUGUAAAUGUUUUAUAUGAGAUAACGUGUCGCUAUCCUCUUGUUUAUGUGUUAAGAGGUCACCCAUAUUAUGUAACCGAUAUGAACCAUCCUAAAGUGAAUAACUAUAGGAGAUUCUUCAUUGUUGAAGUCAAUGGCACGCUGGAAUAUCUGAGACUGACACCGGCUUCGUUAACCUUUGAAAUUAAUGCAAUGUGUUGCUCAGGGUAUUUUCUUUGCAUUGCUGAACCUUGUGUUAAAGACAAUAUCUUUUUUAUGGUAA